AGAAACAGUACAAGCUGCCAUGGUGGGGAUUUGUAUAUUGAUUUUUCCUUUUUUACUACAGGUCCCUUCCCACCUGGUUCGCUAUCUUUCCGACUCUCAGCCUCCCUUCUGCAUCCAACGCCCGGACCCCCUGGUGCUGACUGUGCGCAGCCUGGACAGAACCAUCAACUUGUACACUAAGGUGCUGGGCAUGGAAGCCACAACCUUCAAGGGAGGCAGGAAGGCUCUGAGCUUUGGGGUGCAAAAGAUUAAUCUGCAUGUGGCUGGGAAAGAAUUUGAACCGAAAGCGGCUGUCCCCUCCCCGGGAUCAGCUGACCUGUGUCUCAUCACCGAGGCGCCACUCAGCACUGUAGCGCAACACCUAAAGGUAAGGCCUAAUUAUCAUUUGUACCUGGGAGAAAGUCAGUACAAAAAAAAUCUUCUUUUUAUGUCACACCACGAUGUUAUGUGGGGGGCCCAAGGAUGUUAA